GCAUGUGCUAGCUCGAAAUUUCCAAUUCGAUGUGUUCAUGAACUUUUUUUUGAAUGACGUCCAGACUUUUGGUGAGCUCCGCGUUUUUGGGCCCAAGCUGCUGGUCAACGUCCAAUACCCCGAUUCCCCGUCUCACCUCGACUGUGACCGUAGACACUUUCGGAACAAUCAACGACACCCCUUACACCUGUCACCCACGCGACAUUCCGAGAUAAGACGCAGAACCCGGUGCUUUCCCUGAUAUCCCUGAUAUUCCGAAUCAGCAACAACCUUCAAGAUGGCCUGCCAAAGCUGCCGCUACCAGGCAAGACUCUUGGCUCGGAGCCUGCGCGCCACCGCCGACCUCGCCUCCGCAUCCUCGGCUCAGCAGACCUCCAUCGCCGCGACGGCGCGCCGAGCGGCACUGACGACAUCCAAGACCGGCGGCCCGGCCGCGACUACCACCAUGGGGAGGAGGCACUUCAGCCAGACGGCGACGCGGCGGGACGCGGCGCCCUCGUCGGGUGGGCUCAAGCAGGCCAUUGCGUCGGGCAUGAUGGCCGCCGCGCCAAAGACCAUGGCCGCGACCCUGACGACCUCCCGCCUCGAGGCGCUGUACAAGAUCUGCUCGUCGCCGGCGCUGUACAAGAUCUCGGAGCAGGAGCGCGCCAAGGAUAUGGUGCGCAUGACGGCCGAGGGGGAGGAGGUUGGAGAUCCCAUUGGGCCGUGGUUGCAAUUCCUCGACCUCCAACCCGGCUUCAGCUCCUGGUCCCAAGCCACGAUGCUGCACAUGUACCUCGUCCUCGCCCGCCUGCGCUGCCUCGACCGCGACAGCUCCCGCAACCUGCAGCACCAGUUCAUCGACCAGUUCUUCUUCGACUGCGAGCGCAUGAUGCACCUCAACCACGGCAUGACCUCGUCCGCCCUUCGCCAGCGCUACCUGAAGGAGAUUUUCGUCCAGUGGCGCGGCCUCAUCGCCGCCUACGACGAGGGCGUCGUCAAGGACGAUAAGGUCCUCGGCGCCGCCGUGUGGCGGAAUUUGUUCAAGAGCCGCGAGGACGCCGACCUGAGACAGGUGGCUGCCGUGGUCGGGUGGAUGCGCGCUACGCUGCAGGACCUUGAGGCGGCGCCUGUGGAGGAUAUUCUUGUUGCGCCGGCCAAGGUGUUUAAGAGGGAUGUGAGGGAGAUGUUUGCUCUCGUUGAUGCUGUUGGGCCGCAGGUCAAGGAGGAUGUUGCUAAGCUUGGGGGCGGCCAGGAGCAAGCGGCGGCGAAGGCGUAAGGGAAAAUUCCAGCGUUGGGGACGAGUUGUAUGGCGGCGGAUCAGACAAUCUGAAGGAUCCGUGGGUCCGCCGUAGUGUAUCGAUUUGUGGAAGAUGAUGAGAAUCAUGUACAGCAUUUGACGAACGUCGCAGACUGUAGAGCCUGGCAUGGGGAAGGGAGAUGCUACAGGCCUUGUAAUUUUGUACAAUCACCAACGCAUAUUAGAGGUUUCGAGACGGAAUGGAGGAUUUACAAACAAGAU